GGUGGUUAUCUUCUAAUGUUCAAUUUUUGGGGGAUUAACACAGUGUUAUUUUACAGAUGGCAGAAGAUUUUUAUGAUUCCACUAUGGAAUAAAAUAGCAAAUUAUUGGAAUAAGGCAUUCCUAACAAUAAUCGUUCUACUGAUUGUUUUGUUUCUUGAUGCUAUUAGAGAAGUGAAGAAAUACUCAACUGCACACGGGACUGAAAAGGCUGCGAAUAUCAACCCCAAUGCCUAUGAUCAUAUUCAGAUGAAACUGUUUAGGUCACAAAGAAACCUUUACAUCUCAGGAUUCUCCCUGUUUCUCUGGCUUGUACUGAGACGUACUGUCACCCUUAUUACUCAGUUGGCAAAAGAGAUGGGAAUUCAGGUAGCUAUGGAAAUUCAAGUAGCAAAUACUAACGAAGCUGCCAGAAAAUACAUGGAGGAGAAUGAAAAGUUGCAACAGGCGUUGAAUGAAAAAGGGAAGUGUGAAAAUGAACAGACCCUAGAAGAAGACAAUAAAAAACUGAGGAAAGAAACUGAAAAACUGAAAGCGGAAUUAAAGAAAACUUCGAAUGUCCUUUCCAAAGCAACAAAUGAAGUGACUGCAGUUAAAAAGCAAUCUGAAGGCCUUAAAAGAGAAUAUGAUCGCCUUAUGAAAGAACAUGAACGGCUGCAGGACCUCCUAGAUGAAGAGGAGGACAAGAAAGACCAAUAGAAGCAAUUCAGGAAAGGCUACUUAGAUAUAACUGCAUCAGUGUGAAGUCUCUUGUUCUUCUCUUUAGCCUCCUGAAGUAGAUGGCACAAGGUUUGAUUUUUCUUAAGAAAAUCAAAUGAACUGCAGUUCACUACUCAGAUUCUACUUAUAGCUCUUGGUUGCCAAAUAUAUUCUGUGUUGCAAAGAGACAACUACGUGAUAUAUGGGAUAUGCCUUGAAGUUUAUAUUUCAGUUCUUGUGAGGAAAAAUGUAAGCAUAUAAAUGGAAAUUUUCCAUCUGCACUAACAACUCAGAUGAUCUCUAUCCUUUUGCUCUCAAAAAUGGUAAAAGAUCAUGCACAGUAACACCAAUUGUUUGUAACAUUUGAAUGGGUUUGUAAAUCACACCAAACCAUGAAAACAUGGUGACUUUAACCCCUUUUUGCAGUGACUAUCAAGAGUCCUAUGAAAUUUGAUUAUUUACGGGUUAAAUAAGACUAAACAUUUUUCAUUUUCCAUUGUACUUGUGUAGAUGGAUUUGAUUGACAAUCAGUAAAAAUACAAAAGGUAGAUUUCUAAAUCCACCUUACACUAGUUUGUUUUUUCUCAUUGUGCCACACAGAUGGAUGUUUCACAAUUAUCCAUUUUGCAUGCCUUUGGGUUAUUCUUUUGGACUACUUCAGAAUUUUUUGUCAUAAAAAAUAGUAUUGGUCGGGGUUUUAUUAUUCCCUGAUUCACUUGUACAAGGAUUUAAAUCUAUUGUUUACUUUGUGUGUGUGCCACUGAGCUUUCUUGCUUUGCAAAGUGUAAAAUUCAUUGAAUGUUCAUGUAUAACUUACUUAUACUGAUGAAAAGCAAUUCAUGGUUUAAGGAGUAAUUAUACAAUACCUCAAAAUAAAUAUACAUUGUUUUUACAUUAUCUGUUUUUUGCAUCUGACAGCUAAAUUCUGAGUAAUUUUUGCAUUAGUGAUUCAAAUUUUGUACUUAGAAGUUGGAUAUGAUUGUUAUAUUAAAGGGAUUGUUUAAGCUUA